CCGCGCCCCGAGCCGCAGCCGCCCGGCCGCCCGUCGCGCCAACUCGGCCAACCUCCCCACCCGCCCUCGCCGCCCGCCCACGCCACGGCCGCGGGAGCGACCAAGAUGCUGGUAUAAACGUGCCCGUGACGGAUGCCUCCCGGCGCCAGCGUGAGCGAGUUCGAGACGGCGCCGGCCGCAGGGGGUGCGCCUCGCGGGUUGCCGAGACGGAACCGGACCGCCCGGGGGCUCUCGGAAUCCGAGUGGUAACGGCGCGCUGCCCAGAGCCCCUCGCUCCCUCUACUCUACAAAAGCCCGCCCGGCGUGCGCGGCUCGGCCGCAAGCCCAAAGACAAAGAGACACGAGUUCCCCUGUCCGGCCUCCGUGCGCGCCGUCUCCCACGCACGCCAGGGUCACGGUUCGCGCGCGCGCGGGGGGAGGAGGAGGAGGCGAGAUGGCGACGGAGACGGAGACGGUGACGAUGACGACGAGCGCGCGGGAGGAGCGGCACGGCGGGGGCUGCUGCGUGCACGCGGCCACCGGCGUGGUGCUCUCGUCGCGGGAGGAGGGGGGCAAGGGGCGGCUGCCGCGGCUGGUGCGGUUCGAGGAGCUGCCGGACUACCUGCGCGACAACGAGUACAUCCACGCGCACUACCGCUGCGAAUGGUCCAUCCGCGACGCGCUGCGCAGCGUCUUCGCGUGGCACAACGAGACCCUCAACGUCUGGAGCCACCUCGGCGGCUUCUUCCUGUUCCUCUACCUCGCCGUCGCCAAGGAGACGGGGAGGGUGGCAGCCGCCGCCGCCCGCGCCGCCCCCAGCAUCGUGACGUUCGUGCUGACGUCGGCCAACGCGUCGUGGGAGACCCGCAGCGGCAACUCGAGCUUGGUGGCGAGCACGGACUUCUCGGCCGUGCUGGCGAGCGGGAGCAGCGGCCUCGGCCAGGCGGUGCCGAGGUGGCCGCGGACGGUGUUCCUGGCGGGCGCGAUGACGUGCCUGGCGGUGAGCGCGGCAGCGCACCUGCUGGCGUGCCACUCGCGGCGCUUCACCCGCCUCUUCUGGCAGCUCGACUACGCGGGGAUCGCCGUCAUGAUCGUCGCCUCCUUCUUCCCGCCGGUCUACUACGCCUUCCUCGGCGACGCCCGCACGCAGCUCUCCUACCUGUCCCUGAUCACCGCGCUGGGCCUGCUCGUGGUGGGGCUCAUGCUGUCUCCGGCGCGGUCCUCGCCGCGCCUCCGCCACCUCCGCGCCGGCCUGUUCGUGUGCAUGGCGCUGUCGGGGGCGCUGCCGGCGCUGCACGCGCUGGCGCUCCACUGGGGGCACCGCGAGUGCCACCUCGCCCUGGCGCUCGAGCUCGUCAUGGGGCUCGUCUACGCGGCGGGCGCCGGGUUCUACGUCAGCCGGGUGCCGGAGAGGUGGAGGCCGGGCAAGUUCGACUGCGUCGGCCACAGCCACCAGAUCUUCCAUGUGCUCGUGCUCGUCGGCGCGAUCACGCACUACGCCGCCACGGACAUCCUCAUCAACUGGCGGGAGGCCUUGGCCGCCGUCGCCGCCGCCGGUGGGGCGCCGGCGUUGACAUUGUGACUUCUGGUUCGCUUGCAGGGUAAUGUAUAUGUAGGCAAAGGGCGCGCAAUUGAUUCAUUCAUUCAUUCUUUGUACUCGAUAUGCAUCAAUCAAAAAUAUUUGAUCUUGGCAUUUCAUAUGGAAAUUAUAUAUGGAGUCGC